ACGAGUGCCGAGAGGGGUUGCGGCGCAGAGGGUUGCGCGCGUGGUUGUACGUCAUCUCCUGGUCCUCCUCCGCGUAGACACACAUCUACACACAUAGACACGUACACGCGGUAUACACGUUCUUUCCAACCCUUCCCUUACCUACAUCCGCACUUGUCCGACUUCGUGCCUCCCUUAUGUUUAUACCGAUUCGGAAACCGAACAGGUGAAUACACUGCCCUCCUCUCCCUACGAUGAAACGGGAGUGGUAGAUCCUUCUUGCCUUACCGUUACUUAUCUAUCUAUCCUGUCUACCUACCUGCCUACGUAUCCUCUGAUCUCUCGCUUUUCCAAGGAACUCGAUGAUAAUGACACCGGCGGAGAUGAAUGGAAAACCACGGAAGAGACAGUUCGCCAGACAUCGGCCGUGCACAAAUCGGUCGGCCCACCACGUGGAUCGCGGUCUCGUGCUCUCGUCGCUAGUACCAUUCACGUUCGUUUUCAUCCUCGCGCUUGCAGGUACCUCCGACGCCUCCUACGAAACACAGGGGCCCAGCUUCGUGACGGAGCCGCCGUCAAGGGUGGAGUUCACCAACGUGAACGGCGGCCGGGUGGACUGCACCGUGCGAGGAAAUCCACUGCCAACCGUCGACUGGCUCGCGGCGGACGGCGGCAGUAUAACGAACAUCCUCGGUAUCAGGCAUGUCCUCGGUAACGGGACGAUACACUUCCCCGCGUUCGAGGCCGAGGCCUUCCGGCAGGAUGUCCACUGGGCCAUUUACAAGUGCUCCGCCGUCAACAGUGUCGGCGCGGUCGUUAGCAGAGACGUCACCGUCAGAGCAGUGGUAAACCAACGUUACGAUCCGGAAGUGCAAAAUCCCAGCGGCUUCCUCGGCAACAACGUGCUCAUGCGCUGCAACGUGCCCAGUUUUGUUCGCGAUCACGUCACGGUCACGUCUUGGCUCCAAGAACCAGUCUUCAAUAUUUAUCCCUCCACAAUGGGCGAUGGCAAAUAUCAUAUGCUGCCGACCGGCGAGUUGAUGAUAAUCAAUAUUACGCGAAGCGACGCGCAGAUGACGUAUCGGUGCAGAACGCAUCACCGGCUAACUCAGGAUACCGUCGUCAGCAGCAAUGUAGGGCGGCUGCAACUGACUGAAAUUCGAGGUUCCAUGCCACCUAUAAUAAAUGAGAAACUGGUAUACAUGUCGGCUCGCCUAAAGGACACCGUCGUGAUCCCUUGCGUGGCCUACGCCAACCCCACCCCGACUAACAGGUGGUACUACAAUAGGAAUCAGAGGGAGGAACCGAUCGAGGAAUCGUCGGGCCAUUACGUGGUGCGUGACGGCUCUUUGAUUAUCCAGAGCGUCGAGGAGAAUGACGCCGGCUCUUACAUGUGCACUGCCAGCAAUUCUGAAGGCAGCGAAACUUUGGAGAUCAGACUAACAGUGUCUGCACCACUGAGUGUUCACGUGCAACCGGCGAUACAGACGGUUGAUCUGGGGAAAUCCGCCUAUCUGACGUGCACCGCAAGUGGAUUUCCGCAAGCGGCACUCUAUUGGCUGAAGGAUGGUCAGCCAUUGAGAACGGGCGCCCGAGUAAGGACGGUCUCCAGCGAGCGUAUUUCCGUGACGUCGGUCGCGAGAGAAGACCGCGGCAUGUACCAGUGCUUCGUGCGGAACGAGUACGAAAUGGCUCAAGGAAUUGCGGAAUUACGCUUAGGGGAGAUCGCGCCGCAGCUGGUCUACAGGUUUAUCGAACAGACAAUACAACCUGGUCCAUCGGUUUCUCUGAAAUGCAGCGCCGCGGGUAAUCCCACGCCGCAAAUUUCCUGGCUGCUAGAUGGAUUUCCGCUUCCACAAAACGACAGGCUCCUGAUUGGCCAAUACGUAACCGUGUACGGGGACGUAAUAUCCCACGUUAAUAUCACGACUGUAAAGCCCGAAGACGGCGGCGAGUACGAGUGCAUCGCCAGCAGCCGCGCUGGCGAAGCGAGGCACUCGGCAAGGCUCAAUAUCUACGGACUGCCAUACGUCAGACCUAUGUCGCCCGUUUCAGCGGUCGCGGGGAAGCAACUAUAUAUCAAGUGUCCUGUAGCCGGUUAUCCUAUCGAAUCGAUAGUGUGGGAGAAAGGGGACAUAAAACUGCCUACCAACAUGAGACAAAGAGUCGCCAACGGCACGCUGUUCAUCGAUACUGUGCAACGCAGCGCCGACGAAGGCACAUACACAUGCACUGCCAGAAACAAACAUAAUUUCACGUCGCACCGCUCGGUCGAAGUACGUGUUCUAGUUCCGCCGCGGAUCUCGCCAUUUUUUUUCGGAGACGGUGUGAUGGAGGGGCAGCGGACACAGCUUAUGUGUACGACGAGCCAGGGUGACCAGCCGUUCAACAUCACGUGGUUGAUGGACGAGAAACCAAUUCAGGUCAGACCGAGCGACGGUGGUACAUCGGUGUCGUCGGUCCAGACCGCCGCCGCCGCCGCUGCCGCUACCGUCGAGACCAGCAACGGCAUACAGAUAAGCGACUAUCCGCCGUUUUCCAGCAUCCUGACGAUAAAUAGCGUCAGCGCUAGUCACAGCGGCAACUACACGUGUCAGAUCAGCAACGUCGCUGGCCUGGCCGAGCACUCGACCAGCCUCUCAGUCGCUGUACCUCCGAGGUGGACCGUGGAACCUAUCGACCAGAACGCGGUUGUAGGUCACGGCGUCUCCAUCGCCUGUCAGGCCGAAGGAUUCCCCAUUCCGACUGUGACUUGGAAGCAAUCUAUCGGUGAAACUCCGGGUGACUACAGAGAGCUGGGAUACGGUACGGAGGGCGUCGGGGUGGCCAGAAACGGAUCCCUGGUGAUCCCGCGAGUAUCGCGGGAUCACGCCGGAUUCUAUCUAUGCCAGGCGAGCAACGGCAUCGGGCCCGGCCUCAGCAAGCUCAUUCGGCUAACGGUUCAUGCGGGCCCCCAGGUGACAGUAAGGACGAGACAGGAAUCAGUGCGACGAGGGGAGAGCGUAAUAUUGCGCUGCGAGGCCGAGGGAGACGCGCCUCUUGAUCUUAGUUGGCGUGUUCGUGACAGCAAGAUCGAUCCUAAUUACGACGUUAGAUACGCGGUAGACAAUACGGCGGACGCGUCGGGACGUGUCACCACCGAGCUGCGGAUCAUCCAGGCGAGCCACAUGGACCGCGGUGACUACGUCUGCGUCGCCGCGAAUGCGUAUGGUCGCGACAAGGCGACGAUCCACUUACUCGUGCAGGAGCCGCCCGAUUUCCCACGCAAUUUGCACGUGGCCGAGCAAGGCAGCCGGUCAAUCCUGCUGGCCUGGUCCUCGCCGGCGACCGAUCGGGACGCGAGCCACGUCAGCUCGCCCAUCACCAACUACAUCGUGCAGUACAAGGAGGCGCAAGACGUGUGGCAUGAGCACAACACGCAGAAGCUGGUAGCCGGAGACAACACGGUCGCUCGGGUAUCGCCCCUAAAACCCGCGACUACCUACCACUUUCGAGUGCUUGCGGAAAAUCAUCUUGGAACAUCAGCGCCAAGCGACAUCCUUCAUGUGCAAACGGACGGUGAAGUGCCCGGUGGACCGCCCAGGCACGUCUCCGUGGAGCCCCUGGGCCCGCAGCAGCUCAAGAUCACGUGGCAACCGCCGGAUCGAUCCCUGUGGAACGGCGAACUACUCGGAUACACCAUCGGCUACACCAAUCUCGGAGGAGAUGAUCAAUUGACGAACACGACGCGAGUAGGAAUCACAGGAAAUGGGGACGGCUCGCACGAUUACAGGCUGACGGGUCUACGAAAAUAUACCCAAUAUAGCAUAGUAGUAAAGGCGUUCAAUAGCAAAGGAGAUGGCCCAGGAUCCGAUCCCGUGACGGCGCACACAUUUGAGGACGUUCCAAGUGCGCCACCGCAGAAUGUAGCUUGCGCCGCACUGAAUGGUCAGAACAUCCAGGUGACCUGGAAACCACCGCCUUCUGACAAAGUUCACGGGGUCGUGCUGGGGUACAAGCUGCUGUAUGAAGCCGCCUCGGACUCGCAGACCAACAGAGAAACGAAAGUCAGUCAUGCUCUCAGCACGGUUCUGCACUCCCUCAGCCCGUAUACCAACUACACGGUGCAGGUACUCGCCUACACCAGGGCUGGGGACGGCGUCGCGAGCAGUCCUGUGUCUUGCACCACCGGCGAAACCGUUCCCGACGCACCGGAACGCGUAAAGGCGGUGGUCAGCGGUGAGAACGCCGUCGUGAUAUCUUGGUUGCCGCCGCGACGGCCAAACGGAUUGCUCAUUCAGUACACCGUCUAUAUCCGCGUGUUGGAACAGGGCCAGGAGGUGAAGAUCACCAAAAGCAUUCUGCCCGCGCAGAAUCUGCAUCACGAGGCAACCGGAUUGAAGCAGCACGAGACCUACGAGGCGUGGGUGACGGCGUCGACUAAGGUCGGUCAGGGUUCCAGCACACCGGUCAUCAAGCUUCAACCCAGCACCACCGUUCCAGCUGCCAUAAUAUCGUACGGCGUGCCCAUCGUGGUACCGUGGCGAGUAGACGUUAAUAUGGCUUGCCUCGUCGUCGGCGAUCCUCGGCCGAGCGUCGAGUGGCGACGUGCUGACAUGAAACUGCAACAAAAAUCCGACGUGGGGCCAGACAAUACCUUAACUUUGAGAAACGUGCAGAGAAGUCAUGAAGACAGUUAUUCGUGUCACGCGAAGAAUUCGCUUGGCACGGACGAAAUUACAUACACGCUGCAUAUACAGGUGCCGCCGACGUCGCCGACUCUGUUGGCGACCGGCACGACGACCGACGCUAUCCAGCUACAAUGGAAGCAGGGCGACAACGGUGGCGCGCCUAUUAAGGGAUUUCUCCUAGCUUAUCGUCGGGAAUUCGCCGAAUGGGAAGAGGUCAUGCUAGACCGACGAGAGAGCACGCAUCUCCUCGAGGGUUUGCAGUGCGGCACGCGAUACCAGUUCACGCUGGCGGCGUUCAAUAGGAUCGGGAGUGGCAGCGCGAGUGACAUACGGCCGAAUCAGACGUUCGUUAUUCUAGAAUUGGCGGCCUGGCAGGACGGCGGCUGUCCGUUGACUUACUUUGUCGUGGAGUAUAGGAGGCUGCCCGGGGAUUGGCUGCUCGUAUCCAACAACGUGCCACCGCAGUCGAAAUUCCCCAUCGUAGAUUUGGAGAGUGGGACCAGCUAUGAGCUUCGCGUGACGGCUUAUAACAACGCCGGUUCCACCCAGGCUGAGUACUUGUUCAGUACGCUGUCACCGAACGGAAACAACCGUUUGCACGAGGAUCAUCCGCAGGAGAGCGAGACCACUCCGCUGUAUCUCGACGCGCAUGUUUUGGCGCCCAGCGUCAUCUCUGUUCUCGCUGUCAUGCUGGCGAUCGCCGGAGUGUGCUUUUGUCUCAAGACGCAUCCAGAAGGAUCCGGUGGCGCAAACGACCCGAGUUCGCAAACGCAAGCGGCCCUGGAUAACAAGCACAACAUGGAACAGAGGGAACAGUACUACGCGACCGUGAGGAAACCAGGACAACAGUCACCUUGUCGCGAGGUGAGCGCCCUGGAACGAAUACCCGAGUAUUCGGAAGACAUUUAUCCGUAUGCCACCUUCAAUCUGCCCGAGCAGGAAAAUCUUUCGGCGAACCCCAUGAGACAGGCGUUCUUCUACGAACGCAGCGAGACGAUGCUGCAAGGUGCUCAAUGCGACGUAGACCAGUACACGAAAGUACGUGGUCGAGCGCGACGCAAAUCAAAAUCGUUCAAAUCGGAAUCGGAGGAGUACGACACGCUGGGCUCAGACAGCGACACGGAGGUCGGCACCAGCAGUCGUACGGAGUCGUCGAAUCACCUGGACGACUCCGGCCCGACGUCGAUAAUGGCUCGCUCGCCGGGACCGAACUCUGUGAAUCAGCGAGAGCAACGGCUCGCCCUGGUGCAGCGACCGGUUCAUCAUAAUGUGCUGUACCACACGCACGAAUCAAGUACAUCAACCGAGCCGUCACCAAUUUCUGAGAGAAAGACUUUCCCGAGGCUCGAAAAGCAACGGAGUCGCGGCGCGAUCGACGUCGCGAUCGACGGUCGUAUUCCCGGUAUCCUGCGACCGGUGCUGAAGCUAUCGGAGUCCGGAGUGCAUUCGUGCUCGCGAGGAGCGUCGCCGAGUCGUCCGGUGCGUCCUGGUUCCUACGACAGACUGGAGAAGGAACCGUCGAGCACCAGGAAAUCCGUCGAAUCGCUCUGUCUCCUAGAGGAGCCGAUGGGCACGUUCAGAAUGAUGAGGAGGGACGACGAUUGGGGCAGCGAGCUGUCUACGUUGGAAUUGAAGCCACCGAGCGGCUUCACCGACGUCCACGAAACCAGUGAGGCCGAGUGUGACAUCGACAUGAAGCUCAAGUUACACAGGAAACGACCGAGCGGUCUCCACUCGAACAGCUCACUCUCCAAAUCGCCCAAGGAUUUCACUAUCACCGUCUAAGUGUUUUAAUCAAAUAUCGAAACCAAAAUGAAAUUUAAAGGAAGCCAAAGAAGCGAAAGAUUUAAAUAAGCGAAGUAUUGCCAAAGCAUGAGUGUUAUUAAAUCAAGUAAGUUACGAUUUACGCCAUUGAGAUUCUUGCGAUUG